AUGGAUAACAGUUCUGUUGGUACAGAAGAAAUCGCCAUCGACCUUGAGAGUUUUAACGACGCCUACAUCCAGCGAAGUCUCCCAAAUACAAUAGUGAUCCUGUUUUUCCUGUUUGUUGGGGUGUUAGGAAACUCUCUCAUUCUUUAUGUGUAUGAGUUCCGUUUUCCACGAUCUGAUGGACGGUACUAUAUUGGUGCAUUAGCAUUUUGCGACCUUGGUGCUAUAAUUUUUACAUCCGUAUUAAAUCUUUUACAGAACUUGACGAAGUAUGUGUUUCCUGGAGAUAUAGUGUGUAAGGGCGUUUUAUACCUUAGUUAUUCUUUUAUUAAUACGUCAUUGUUUCUUUGGAACGUUAUUGCUGUCCAGCGGUUUCGCAAAAUUUGUCGGCCUUUUUCUUGGCAACUGAAGCACCACUGGAGAAGGUGGUGCAUCGUGAUCUGUGUCGGUGUUUCAUUUACACUGUAUUCACCAGUUCUUUAUUUUUAUAGUAUAAAUGAGGAGGUUUUCACAAAUAACAACAUUACAGUAUUUGUCUGCCAGCAAAUAAAGACGCAUACAUUUGGACUGAAAAUUUUUCAAGGAAUAGGAUUCAUUCUGUCUAUAGCUAACGUGAUUGCUAUUAUAUCUAUUUACGUCAUAGUUUCUAUCAAAAUCUUUAAGGUCAUGCGAGGAGUACGAAGAGCACGCACAGAAAGCAUAAGAAGCGUAACGAUCACUUGUCCUACAACUACAUCAUCCUUGAUAGAAGGUCGAUCAGCAGACACCACCGCUGAUCCUGUCCCUACCAGACGCACUAUUUCAGAAUCUCAAACCGCCGCUCAAAAAUUAGAACACACCAUUGCGUUUACAUUCAUGACAAUUCUUCUUAUGGGUUUGCUUUCCUAUGCGCCCUCACGAUAUUUGUUGGUCUACGAGACCUUAGAUCCAACGUUUUGGGACAGUUUGGACUACACUAAAUUUAAUUUCUAUCUAUUUCUAAGAAGGUUAUAUGUUAUAAACCAUUCUUGUAAUGUCUUUAUUUACCUAAUAUUUGAUUCCAUGUUUCGCAAAGAAGUUAGAAAUCUAAUCGGAAGGAGUUCUUCCUAG